AGUCGAUGACUUAUUCGAGGAGAGAUUUAUAAUACGGCUUCAUGUUUCCUGCACUGCAUAGGAAGAAUCGGUUAACACGUGUAAGUGGUAUAUGACGAGUGGCAUGAGAGCGUGUGAAGGGGAAAGUGCGAGAAAAAACGAGAAAUGAGUGUUUACUACCACCACCACCCCCAUUACUCUUCUUCCCCUUCCCCUUCCCCUUCGUUGGCCUAUCGUUGUUGCCGCUACUGUUUCGCUUCUACACGCACUCUCUCAAUCUCAAAGCACCGUCCUCUUUCUCUCUCUUCAAUUACCAAUUUCUACUUCUUUCAAAGCCCUAGUUUUCUCACGGGGAACGCUCUCUGCCUCACGAUGCAGCGUUUCUGCUCUGUGAGUGGCAUCAGCAAGAACAAAGCAUUGGUGGAGAGGUUGCAGCGUUAUGGAGUGAUCACAUCAAGUAAGGUGGGUGAAGUAAUGGAAACUGUUGAUAGAGCUUUGUUUGUACCUGAUGGAUCGGCACCCUAUGAUGAUACCCCCAUGGCCAUAGGAUACAAUGCCACUAUAUCUGCACCACACAUGCAUGCCACCUGCCUUCAGUUGCUGGAGGAGAAUUUGCGCCCUGGGAUGCAUGCUCUCGACAUUGGCUCUGGAACAGGAUAUCUGACUGCGUGUUUUGCCUUGAUGAUUGGACCCCAAGGUCGUGCUGUUGGUGUGGAGCAUAUUCCUGAAUUGGUUUCAUUGUCCAUAGACAAUAUUCAGAAAAGUGCUGCAGCUGCACAAUUAAAAGAUGGAUCUCUUUCUGUUCAUGUCGGUGAUGGAAGAGAAGGUUGGCCAGAGUUUGCUCCUUAUGAUGCCAUUCAUGUUGGAGCAGCAGCACCAGAAAUUCCCCAACCACUUAUUGACCAGUUGAAGCCUGGUGGUAGAAUGGUGAUUCCUGUUGGAAACAUGUUUCAAGAUUUAAAGGUGGUGGAUAAGAAUUCUGAUGGUUCUAUCAGUAUCCGGACUGAGACCUCCGUUCGUUAUGUGCCCCUCACUAGUCGUGAAGCUCAGCUAAGAGGUUACUGAAAUGGAGCCAAAAUCCUGAAUUUUUAAAGCCAAUGCUUUAGAGUUUAGAUGUCUCCGUCUGUGCUUGGUACACGCAAACAGUUAGACUUUGUAUAGUUAAAAGUUUCCUGAAAUUUGAAAGGUUAAAGUGAUAGAGAUAUCAGUGGUUGCAACUGGGAUGUAUGUACAUGCUGUUAGAAUUGUAUAGUAACAUGUUAGGAUGGGCUCAUCAUGUGCAACAAUAAUAAUCUCGAUUAACCAUGAAUUCUCAAAGUCAAAAGUCAGUGAUUAA